AUGGCAGCCGCCGGAUAUGUUCAGACCAGUCUGAUCUGGGUUGCCUACGCGGUUGCAGUGGCUCUCGCUCUGAUAGCCGCCAUUCUCACCACCUUCACUUGGCAAACUGCCCGCGAGCGAUCCGCCAUCGUCAGUACUGUCGCAAUCGUCAGUCUGACUGCGCUUUUGGCAACUGUCUUCCUGCUGCCUGUUGACAUUGCUCUGGUCUCAUCGACGACCUCGACGACCUACGGUGCGAAGAAGGAUUGGGCGACACCCGAACGUGUCAGCAAUAUUCUCUUGACCCUCAAGAUCGUCUACUACUCGCUAUACAGCUUCGAUGCGCUGCUUUGCCUUCUCAUUAUUCCAUUCGCUUACUUCUGGUACGAGGAAUAUGAUGAGGUUGAGGAGGAGGAAGGUACCAGGAGCUUUGGAAGCAGACUUUGGGGCGCUUUCAAAUACACCAUCGUCUUCAUCGUCCUAGUUCUGAUUCUGUUCUUGGUGGGUUUCUUCGUACCCGCCGCAGGCGACAGCAAGGGAAAGCACCUUGACCUUGACUACUUCAAGAAGCUUCUUGCCGAGAAUAAGGGCGAAAAGGCUCUGACAUUCGGGCUGGGACUGCUGGUUACUCUCGGCACCCUUCUCUACAUUCUCUACACCGGUGCUGGACUAGCCCUCCUACCAGUCUCCUUCAUCAAGUCAGCCCCCUCUAUUUCGGCACCGCAGCUCGGCGAGACCACUGCCACGGCACUCGAGAGCAACCGAGAACGCCAGCGACAGCUUGAGAUGCGCAAUGCCGGUCGUCCGGAAGGCAUGCCCCAGAAGGACCGUCGCGAGUUGGAGGCCCUCAUGCGCGAGGAGCGAACUCUGGUCCGCCGCGAACGUCUGGCCGCCGAAGCUCGUGGAGAGGGUCACAGUGCCAUUUUCCGAGCAUGGCUAAAGGUUCAAGCUGUGUUCCGCCCUCUAAAGCUGAUUGGGGGAAUCUUGCUACUACUGAUCGCUAUCCUUGUCUGGGUAUCGAUGCUCAUUACCGGUAUUGAUAAAGCGGCCAACUCUAUUUGCAAACAGCAUUGUGGUUACAUCUUGGGACAUAUCAACGUCUUCCAACCAAUCAACUGGAUCUUUGUGAAGUCAGCGAAGGCAUUCCCUGUGGAUUACGUCCUCAUGGCGCUUCUGAUCCUGUUCUUCUUCAGCAGCUCCAUCUCUGGCCUGGCCACCAUUGGCAUCCGAUUCCUAUGGGUCCGGAUCUUCCAGAUCAAAAAGGGCCGGACUGCACCACAGGCGCUGCUCAUCGCUACUGUUAUGCUGGCAUUGAUCAUUCUUGGCAUCAACUAUGCGAUCGCAGCUAUCGUUGCGCCGCAGUACUCUAUCUACGGCACUCAGACAUUCUGCGAUAACCCACCUCGCCACCCUGGCGAUCAGCCAGACUGCAGCAAGCACUCGGACUUGAUUAAGCCAUGCUCAGAGGUAGAGGACAAGGCUGCAGCUAACACUGUCUGCACCCCGUCGGUCAUGUCGACAUUCCUGAACAGAAUGACAUUCAACUGGCCGGUCUUUGGGGCCAUCAUAUUCUGGGCACAGUUCGCAUUCCUCGCCGUGUUUCUAAUCGUCUUCUUGACUGCUCUGUUCAGAACUCCAAGACUAAACCUGAGUGAGUUUGACGAGGAAGCCGAGGCCGAUGAGGAGGAGGGCUUGCUGGCCAGCACCGGCAGACGAUUUGGUGCUACAUGGCAGGACAUCACCGGGCGCGCGAAGCAAGCCACGAACACUAGCACAAAUGGAGGUGAACAUUCGUAG